GGGCUGUGUGGCAUUUGAGCAGCAAAGCAUCCAACUACUGUUAGAAGUUUCCUGGUCUGGGGACGUUAAAUGAUACGCACCAGAGUGCGAAGGUUCUAAAAUGGCAUCAAAUUAACCAAAAAAGUUGUGAAAAUGACAAGAUAAAUGAUCAUUUCAGUCCUUUUCGACACGACAAGCUGAAAGUGCAGAGAAGCAGCGCUUCACUCUGAUGUUGGAACGUUCCUGCAGUUCAAGAAUCCUUCCAUUGAUUUGGAAUUUUCCCUGUAAUUUCUUCUAAUAUUAAUUGAUCUGAAUGUUUCUUUGUUGAGGAAUUGUAGGACUAAUACUAUUAUAUUAAUCCUCUUCAAUUUUUCUGGGCGACGUCUUGUUGUGCAGCUCGCCAGCGUCUGCUCCCAUGAUCGCCUUUAGCUCCGUCCACAACAACACAAUCCGACAGUGAAAGGGCCCAGUCAUUCUGAGGGGCUGUAGGGUGGAAUCAAAGGAGACAAAGCAGGUUAAUGUUAUGGGAUGGCAGCAUGUGAUGCUUGUCAGUGCAGGGAAGGUGAAGAUGAAAACGUGUGUGAGGGUCAGACACACACACACACACACACACACACACGAGGAGGGAUCUAAUCCCUCACCACACUCGCAGGACUUUGGCUUCUUGCUGCACAGAACUCCGAACACAGCAACAGGCCACACGUGAGUAUCCUCACCGAGGGGUUCCCUUCUUCAACGUUCUCUCUGUCAUCACGGAUUUCUGCUGCUAACGUCGAGGUCCCUGCUGCCAUGUCGCUGCUGACGCACCUCCUGGCCUGUCUCUUCGGGAUGGGCUCCUGGGUGUCCAUCAACGGCCUGUGGGUGGAGCUUCCCUUGAUCGUCCCCCAGAUCCCGGAGGGCUGGUACCUCCCAUCGUACCUCUCGGUCCUGAUCCAAAUGGCCAACGUGGGCCCACUGUUUGUCACGCUGAUGCACCGCUUCCGCCCCGGCGCCCUCAACGAAACGGCGGUCAUCUACAUCAUCGUGGGCCUGGGCACGGCCGCCAGCUUCCUGCUGGGCUUCUUCUGGAAGGAGACGGUGGAGGUGGCCGGUGCCUCUCGCAGCGUGGCUCUGCUGGCUCUGACGUUCUUCCUGGCGGCGGUGGACUGCACGUCCUCCGUCACCUUCCUGCCUUUCAUGUCGCGCCUCCAGCCUCAGUACCUGACCACCUACUACAUCGGGGAAGGAGUGAGCGGUCUGCUGCCAGCCCUUGUCGCCUUGAUCCAGGGUGUGGGCGUGGUUCACUGCGUCAGCAGCACUCACAACCUCACCAACAGCUCCGUGCCCUCUGAACUCGUGGCCCAGUACCAGCCUGCCAACUUCUCAGCCGAGGUCUUCUUUUUCAUCCUGAGUGCCAUGAUGCUGGUCUGCCUGGGGGCCUUCCUGCUGCUCAACUACCACCCGGCUGUGGUGCGGGAGGCGCCCAACAACAGCAGGUACACCAACGGUGUCAAGGAGCAGAGGAGCAGGAGGUGGUCGGAGCAGAAGGCCAUCAUGGAGAUGACGUACGUGCCUUCCAACCAGAGCAAGAGAAGCAGCUUUGGGACUGGACGCUACACCUGGUGGCAGGUCGUCUACAUCUUCCUGAUCCUGGCCUGGACCAACGCGCUCACCAACGUGGUGCUUCCAUCCGUGCAGUCCUACUCCUGUCUACCGUACGGCAACAACGCCUACCACCUGUCGGCAACCAUGGCCGCCGUGUCCAACCCGCUCGCCUGUUUCAUCGCACUGUUCCUCCCGAUCAGGUCUCUCCUGCUGAUGGGAGUCCUCACUGUUGUCGGCAGUGGGGUGGGAGCCUUCAUCAUGGCCAUGGCCGUGAUGAGUCCGUGUCCUCUCCUGGUCGCCGAUGUCUCAGGCGUCGUCCUCAUUGUUCUGGCCUGGAUUGUUUUUGUUCUCACCCUGUCGUACGUCAAAGUCAUCAUCGGCGUGAUCCUGCGAGAUGAAGGCCACAGCGCCCUCGUCUGGUGUGGAGCGGUGGUACAGCUGGGAUCCCUGCUGGGGGCAGUGACCAUGUUCCCGCUGGUCAGCGUCUUUUCCUUCUUUUCCUCAGGAGAUCCCUGUAACACUCAAUGUCCCUGAGAGAUCAUCUGGAAUUCAACCUCUGUGUGAAGAUUUUUGAGUCUUGCUGCGUGCAGAAUGUGUCUCUCUGACCCCAUGAAAUACAGUUUAAAUGUUUUUUUUUCUCAUUUCAUCUGAUCUAUUUUAAACAUUUGACGUCUGACAUGUAGUUCAACUGUACAGUGGUGUUAUUGA